AUGUCUUCGAACGGCCUCACCGAAACUACCCUUCGUGGUACUGCGAUCGGACUAAUGGUCGUGACGACUGCCAUGGUUUUUGCGCGAGCUUUACUACGAAGCGAUCAGAAGAAAUCCAUCCAAUGGGAUGAGAUCUGGUUGAUUGCAGGAUAUAUGCUCUUCAUGGCUAUUACCGGCGUCUACAUGAAUAAGACUAGCCUUUUAUUUCGACUCUUAGCGGUCGAAGAAGGUCGCCUCGCCCCAUACCCGAGUGUCAGCAAAGAUGGAUUCGAUGCGCAGAAGACGUUCUUCUUUACUAGUCCAGGGUUAUGGCUCACUUUAUGGAGCAUCAAGUUCUCCCUACUGGCAUUCUACAAGAGGAUUAUGGUGGGCGUAAAGCUGUACCUGACGCUGUGGUGGGUUGUACUUGGAUACUGUGUGCUUACACUGGUGCUAUCCAUUAUGCUGCACAUUACUGCCUGUGGAUCUUCACCAUCAUCGUGGUUCGUAGAGAACGGAUGUGGAGCCGACAACGUUCGAAAGAGCCUGAUAAGCUUCUGGGAAGGAUUUGCUGUGGACCUAUCAACAGAUCUCAUGAUAAUGUUACUUCCAAUCGGCAUCAUACGCAACCUUCAGAUGCCUCUAGCCCGUAAAAUUCAGAUCGCCGGCCUAUUUGCACUCGGCAUCUUUGUCAUCAUCGCGAGCAUUGUUCGAGUGAUACAAGUUGGUGCGACGACUGGGGCAAGCGACACAACACCUUCAUUGACAUGGCUUGCUCUAUGGAGUAUCAUUGAGUCAUCUGUCGCUAUUAUGGUUGGCUGCGGUCCAGGUCUAUACCGUAAAGCCAAGGCUGUCUACAGUAACACCCCAGUACAUGCAUACAACAGUCGCGGCUACAUCAAGACUACAGCGAAUAGGAGGCCAGAAACGAAAGGGAAUGCAGAUGACGAGUAUGGCUUUCCGAUGAAAACAAUGAGUAUCGAUAUCGCAGCUCGGGUCAGCAGAGGUGAUAGUGAGGAGGAAUUAGUUGGUCAAGAGACAAACGGUAAGAUCCGAGUCACGAGGUCGGUUGUUGUCAGUCACAAAAGCGAGUGA